AUGCGAGAGCAACGAGAACUUGCUGAAAAAGGAGGCAAUCAUCAAGAAGACAAUGGUACUUUUGAAUUAUCAUAUAAACCUGCCAAUGCCGAUACGAGACCGAUUAUUAUACAAUAUUCUACACUAGCUUCCCUGCCACGUUUAAUGCCUGCUAUGAAUUUUAACCUCCAUCAAGAUCUACAAUCGAGUGCUAAUCCGUCGACGGAAAACAAUCAUAAUGAUUCAGAAAAGAUACAGAGCGAACAUGAAACGCAUAACUUUUGA